CGGCGUUUUUCGAUUAUCAUCUCUCUUUAUUUUCGUGUGUUUUUGGCGCAAUUUAUUGUUUUUCCUUUUCUUAGUUCUCUCCGCCUAUCGUCGUGACGCUGUGCCUGUGCAUCGACAUCACACACUUUCCGCGCCGCAAGUGUGCGUUGUACGGUUUGUACACAUCACGGUCGUCGGUUAACUCAAAAUUUCCCGGUGAAAUCUGUCGUGCCCAUCGUCCGUGCCACCGUCACGAAACGCUCAUCAUUCCUUUACAUCAACUGGCAUCGACCAAAGAACACCGACCAUUUACGUAUUAGCAUUCAUCUGCGGCGAUAAUGGGUGACAAGGAAGGUGAUACGUUCGAUGAGGCAGUUGAGGAGCGUGUCAUCAAUGAGGAAUACAAGAUAUGGAAGAAGAAUACACCGUUCUUGUACGACUUGGUUAUGACUCACGCUCUUGAGUGGCCAUCGCUUACCGCUCAGUGGCUUCCAGACGUUACUCGCCCGGAAGGCAAAGAAUAUUCUAUACAUCGUUUAAUACUUGGUACUCAUACUUCAGAUGAACAGAAUCAUUUAUUAAUUGCUAGUGUUCAGUUACCAAAUGAAGAUGCUCAAUUUGAUUCUUCUCAUUACGACGGAGAAAAACAAGAAUAUGGUGGAUUUGGUUCUGUGAGUGGUAAAAUUGAAAUCGAAAUUAAAAUUAACCAUGAAGGUGAGGUUAAUCGUGCUCGUUACAUGCCUCAAAAUCCAUGUGUAAUUGCUACUAAAACACCUUCAAGUGACGUAUUAGUAUUUGAUUAUACCAAACAUCCAUCAAAACCUGAUCCAAAUGGAGAAUGUCAACCGGAUUUAAGAUUAAGAGGUCAUCAAAAAGAAGGCUAUGGUUUAUCCUGGAACCCCAAUUUAAAUGGAUAUUUGUUAAGUGCAUCUGACGAUCAUACCAUAUGUCUAUGGGAUAUUAAUGCCACUCCCAAAGAACAUAGUGUUGUUGAAGCUAAAACUAUAUUUACUGGACAUACUGCUGUUGUUGAAGAUGUUGCUUGGCAUUUAUUACAUGAAUCGUUAUUUGGUUCUGUUGCUGAUGAUCAAAAACUAAUGAUUUGGGAUACACGUGCCAACAAUACGAGCAAACCAUCACAUACUGUUGAUGCUCACACUGCUGAAGUUAACUGUUUAUCAUUUAAUCCAUAUUCAGAAUUCAUUUUAGCUACAGGAAGUGCUGAUAAAACUGUAGCCUUAUGGGAUUUAAGAAAUCUGAAGUUAAAAUUGCAUUCCUUUGAAUCACAUAAAGAUGAAAUAUUCCAAGUACAGUGGUCACCACAUAAUGAGACUAUAUUAGCAUCUAGUGGUACAGAUAGACGUUUACAUGUUUGGGAUUUAAGUAAAAUAGGGGAAGAACAGUCGCCAGAGGAUGCUGAUGAUGGCCCCCCGGAACUUUUGUUUAUCCAUGGUGGUCAUACUGCUAAAAUAUCAGAUUUUUCUUGGAAUCCUAAUGAGCCAUGGGUUAUAUGUUCAGUUUCUGAGGAUAAUAUUAUGCAGGUAUGGCAAAUGGCUGAAAAUAUUUAUAAUGAUGAAGAACCGGACGCUAGUAGUCCUGAAGUAGACACACCUGUUCCUUAAACUUUGUACAUUAAUUUUAUCAAGAUUACUUUAAGCGUAACAUAAAUAAUAAUGGUCUUUUUUUUUUUAUUCAAUUUGCUAUUUGAAAUGUACAUAUAAGCACUGAGUAUAUUCAAUUCUAUUCA